CGGGUAGAAAGUCUCGCCCAGGUCUGUGGUCACGGUAAUGACGGCUUUUAGAAGGACGGUGCUUUUCUCCACAUGCACCUUGGGCGUCCUGAGGAAGCGGACUAGCCCGCCAUGUUAGCUGAAUCCUGUUGGCAGGCCCAUGACUACGAAUAGCCUCUAGCACUCACUGUAAUGCAUAACGCGCCGUCAAGCCACAAUAUCACCAGAAUGGCUAGAAGGUUGCUCACUCGUGGGUACGGAGCUGCAAGGAACUGAAGGGACGAACGCUUACCUUUGUGGAGGCAUUGAAAGGUUGCUGAUCAUCUAUUCGAGCUUGCUUCCAAAUCUUCUAGCCGAGCAAGCAUAGCUCUCCAAAUGUAGGACGUUGAUCGUGCACUACGCGCGAUUCAUGUGCUAUGGGUCACACCGAUCUCGUGUUAGGACGGAGAUGUGGAGUGCAGAAACUUUGGCUCGCAGAGUCUGGACUAGCCUAGAUCGUCACGCCGAUCGCCAUCGCGCCGCUGAGCGGAAGCUAGUGGUUAGAGACUUUGCCGGCAUUAAACUUCGCACCAUGGGGCCGCGCAACUCGGUCUUCUCUGCGGUGAACCUGGUGACAUUAUCAUGGGAAUGUUAUAGACAGACCUCAUGGAUGUCAUCCAGGGCAGUAGGAGGCUUCGUACGCUUACUCCGGCACUGCCUCUGCCGCUGGGUACCCUUUCAUACCUGUGAAUGUGAAACGUACUCGAGCUAUCUACCUCAAGGCUGGGCAUGUCUUGUCGCUCGCCAUCUCCCCGAUCGUAUGGCUGCGUCAAGCGUUUCCCGAUCUUGGUGUUGCAGCCUCUUCUCGCAUUUUCGCGACUCGCGAUCAUGUCCCGCCUUCGAAAAUCAUGUUCCUGGCGAUAACUAACCUGGUAUACGGCUCAUUGUCUGACACUACGUGGUCAUCUUGAAAUGCCUUUU